AGUACAGUAGGAGCUAGGGAGGAGAUGAAAAUUUUGAAAGCAAAAGAAGGAGGAGAAGUCACGGACCUGAAGAAGAAGAAGAAGAAGAAGAAGAAGAAGAAGUAGAUUUUGUUAAUUUAUUGGAAUAGAUUAGAAAAGAAAUUGAAAGAAGAAGAAGAAGAAGAGAAGAGAGGGGGCCAACGUGGUGAAUAGUAAAGUGGUCAUGUCAAGAGGGGCCACCAUGUGAAAUUGUGAACACUGUGCAAAACGCUCGCCACUCGCCCCCACCACCAUCACUCAACUAAACACCUUCUCCCUCUCAUUCAUUCAAUUCAUUCAACAAGCCUUUUUUACGUCCCAUCAUCCAAUCUUUCUUUCGACUCUCUCUCUCUCUCUCUCUCUCCUUUCCUCUCAAAUAACACAAACACAUCAACAAUUUUAUUUAUUUAUUUAACCCUCCUCUCUUCUCUUCACUCUCUUCUCUUCCCUUUUCUUCUCUUCUCUUCCCAACACAAACUUAAAAAGAUUCUCUUCUCUCCGAUCCAUCGCCCUGCUUCUUCUGCUUCUGCUUGCUUCCUCUUCAUCAUCAUGGACGCUGCAGCAGGUGCAGCGCCAACGCCCACCGUGCCCGACGCUCCGCCGGAGGGAUCAGCAGCGCUGGUACAGGCCGAGGGGUCGGCGGCACAGGCGGCACCCAGCCGCUACGAGUCGCAGAAGCGGCGAGACUGGAAUACGUUCUUGCAGUACCUGCGGAACCACAAGCCGCCAUUGACGUUGGCGCGGUGCAGUGGCGCGCACGUGAUCGAGUUUCUCAAGUACCUCGACCAGUUCGGGAAGACUAAGGUGCAUAUUUCGGGGUGUCCUUAUUUCGGACACCCCAACCCUCCGGCCCCUUGCGCCUGCCCUCUCAAGCAGGCCUGGGGCAGCCUCGACGCCCUAAUUGGACGACUCAGGGCGGCCUUUGAAGAAAACGGAGGCCGUCCCGAGUCCAAUCCCUUCGCCACUCGGGCCGUCCGAAUUUACCUCAGAGAGGUAAGGGAAGCCCAGGCCAAAGCCCGUGGAAUUCCCUACGAGAAGAAGAAGCGCAAGAGAACCACAACCACUAUCUCUUCCACUGUCACCACCGCCACCGUUUCUACUGUAACCACCAGUACUUCUAAUAACCCUACUAACGGAGCAGGCGUUAGUCUACCUUCUUCUGAUGUUCCUACUGCCACCACUCCUAAUGUUACUACUACUGCCACUACUUCCGUAUAGUAUAGUUUCUGUCGUACGACGUGAAAUGUUUGAUCAUCGUUCUUGUGUUUCAUGAAAUGAGGUAGCGGACCGGUGGAGGCAUAGAUUGAAACGAACACGUUGUUUUGCUUGACACAGGAGUCCGAGGCCUUUCACUUUCGUGUUGAAUCCAUUCCUCGUUUUCUUAUGAUGAGGUUUACUGUUGGAGAGUGAGAGGGAGAGAAUCGUAUCCCUCUUUAUGGGUUUUUCUUUGCAUUGUAUCUAUUUGUUUAUAUAUUCUCACUGGGUGGCGUAUAUUUCUAUGAUGCCAGUGGCGAGAAUACAUCUCGUUUGAUUUCAAUUUCGUUGUGACAUUUCUCUUUUGUCUUCACCCGGGGAAGCUCCAAGGUGCAGUUGGAAAACAGUUUGGUGAUGAAAGAUAGAUUGAAAUGAAAAA